GCUAAGCUAGUGCCAAAACAUGCACGAGGAAGCUCUUAAUCUCCCAGAGAUGAAAGCGUAGAAACAGACUCUCGAAUCCAAAUCCAAAUCCAAUUGCAGAAGAAGAAUCUGGAAACCCUAAUCUGUUUCAUUCGUUUUCAUCAAUCAAGUAGUGAAUCUCCGAGAUCUGUGUCUUCUUCCCUCUGGGAAUGUGCUUCGUCUUCUUCGUUGAGAACGAUUAGAGGAACAAACGGAGAUAAGGAAACAAAUAUAUGAAGAGUUCUCUGACAAGUUUCUCACAUUGAUGAAUCAAGUUCGUCGUUGGCAGAGGAUUUUCAUCCUCUCGCUGCUAUUGUUAUCUGUGUUAACUCCGAUUGUUUUCGUUUAUCGGCUCAAGAGUAUUACUUCCGUCGAUAAAGGAGAAUUCAUUGAAGAACUAUCCGACAUUACAGAUAAGACCGAUGAUGACCUUAGACUUACCGCUGUUGAACAGGACGGAGAAGUCUUGGAGGAGCCUAAACGCAUUCUGCAGGAUCGGGAGUUUAAUUCUGUGGUUUCGUCAAGUUCUGCUGAUAAAAGUAAUGAUACUAUGCAGUCUAAUGAGGGAGACAAAACAACCUUGCUCUCAGAAAUUGAUGGGGGUAUUUCAGGAAAUAAUCACAAAACAAAGGAGGAACAAGCAUUAGUUGCACAGAAAACCACAAUAAGCUCUAAUGCGGAGGUGAAAUUGCCAGCAAGGGAUAUUCAACGUAAUCGUAAACCAGAAUUCCGACCCCCUUCAGGUAAGAGUGAAAAGAUUAAAAGGGUUCAGCCUGAAAGAGCAACAGAUGAGAGGGUAAAGGAGAUCAGAGACAAAAUUAUCCAAGCGAGAGCCUAUCUAAAUUUGGCCCUACCUGGGAAUAACUCCCAAAUCGUAAAGGAGUUGAGAGUUCGAACGAAAGAGCUGGAACGGGCUAUCGGUGAUGUUACCAAGGAUAAACAUUUGCCAAAGAGCUCUCCUAACAGACUGAAGGCCAUGGAAGCUGCAUUAUACAAGGUCAGCCGUGCCUUUCAUAACUGUCCUGCCAUAGCUAUCAAACUCCAAGCCAUGACUUAUAAAACCGAAGAACAAGCUCGGGCGCAGAAGAAGCAUGCAGCAUAUUUAAUGCAGCUUGCAGCAAGGACUACCCCAAAAGGGCUUCAUUGUCUCUCAAUGCGGUUGACAACAGAAUACUUUACCCUGGAUCAUGAAAAAAGGCAGCUUUUUCAACAAAGUUAUAAUAAUCCCGAUCUCUACCAUUACGUAGUCUUCUCUGACAAUGUUUUGGCAUGUGCGGUUGUUGUUAACUCUACAAUUUCCUCAUCAAAGGAACCGGGAAAGAUAGUAUUUCAUGUGGUGACAGAUUCACUCAAUUACCCGGCAAUCUCAAUGUGGUUUUUAUUAAACCCAAGCAAAGCGUCAAUCCAAAUCCUAAACAUUGAUGAAAUGAGUGUCCUUCCUUUGGACCAUGCUGAAUUGCUGAUGAAGCAAAAUUCAAGUGACCCAAGAAUCAUUUCAGGGCUCAACCAUGCACGUUUCUAUCUCCCAGAUAUUUUCCCAGGUCUGAACAAGAUCGUACUCUUUGACCAUGAUGUUGUAGUUCAAAGUGAUCUAAGUAGACUGUGGAGCCUUGAUAUGAAAGGGAAAGUUAUUGGAGCUGUAGAGACUUGUCUCGAAGGUGAACCUUCAUUUCAGUCGAUGGAAAAGCUCAUUAAUUUCUCGGAUGCAUGGGUUGCUCAGAAAUUUGAUCCUAAGGCUUGCACUUGGGCAUUCGGGAUGAAUCUAUUUGAUCUCGAAGAAUGGAGAAGACAGGACUUGACAUCUGUAUACCUGAAAUACUUUGAACUGGGAGUAAAAAGACAUCUGUGGAAAGCAGGGAGCUUGCCAAUAGGUUGGUUAACUUUCUUCGGACAAACAUAUCCAUUGGAGAAGAGAUGGAAUAUGGUUGGGUUAGGUCACGAAUCAGGAGUCAGAGCAAGCGACAUUGAAAAAGCAGCGGUUAUACAUUACGAUGGGAUCAUGAAGCCAUGGCUGGACAUUGGUAUAGACAAGUACAAGCGCUACUGGAACAUACAUGUACCUUACAAUCACCCUUACUUACAACGGUGCAACAUUCACGAUUGAUUUUUUUUCUUACACAAGUUCUCCACACAAAAUCUUAGAUUCAAUUCGAUUCUUUUCUUCUUUCAAAAUGUUAUAACUAGCUUCAUUCUUUUAACGAUUUCUUGUGUAAAUCAUUGUUAUUUUUUGAUACAAUACACAAAAAUUACUCAA